AUGGCGUCUACAAAAAUCCAUCCCGCUACUUUAGUCACUAACAUUAAAACGUGCGUGCCCAUUCAACUUGAUGAAGAAGGAAUGAAUUUCAAUACUUGGGUGACUCUCUUUAAGCUUCAUUGUCGGGCUCAUCUUGUGGAUACUCAUAUUCUUCUCGAUGACUCUACAAAAGCAUCGGUUUCUAAGGACUCAGAAUGGCAACGUCUGGAUGAUAUUAUCCGCACGUGGAUUUAUAGUACUAUUAGUCCUUCUCUUCUUAAAUCGAUUGUCCGUCCCGAUGAUAGUGCUUUUGAUGCUUGGACUCGCGUUGAGAACAAUUUUCAAAACAACAAAACUUUCCGUAUUCUUCACCUUGAGUCUAAAUUCAAUGAUAUUUCCCUAGCUAAUUUCCACAAUGUGAAGGCUUAUUAUAGUGAACUUGAGAAUAUUGCUACUUCUGUUAACAAUCUUGGCACUUCUAUUUUCGAAAAUCGGUUGGCUCUUCAAGUUCUUCAUGGUUUGACUACCGACUACCGUACUUUUCGAUCCUUGGUUCAACACAUGUCUCCCGUUCCUUCCUUUGAUACUCUUUGA